AUGGCGACGCCGCCCGGCGGCUCCGCGGCGCCCGCCCGGCCCAGCAAGGCCAAACGGAGAGCCGUGAGAGCGUGCCGGUUCUGCAGAACCCGCAAGAUCAAAUGUAAUGCGGAGGAGCCGGUCUGCGCCAAUUGCAAGGUAUAUGGAAAGGAUUGCGUCUAUGAGCCCAUCCACGCCGGCGGCGAGACCGAGCCCCGGGCCCGGCGAGCCUCCAAGCACCACCGUGAUGUCGUCGAGAGCGCCGAGCCGGCCUCUCCCCACGCGGAGAACACCAAACAUGACGAUGAUCCUGCCACUCCGACGCCGCCAGUCGCGACCACAGCAACCACCGACUCGCCUCCCCCCUCAUCCAACGUAGCCGGCUCUGCAGGCCCGGAACAUCAGUCCCCACAACCGGCGGCCAUGCCAGGCAACCCCCGGGUCUCCCGCAUGGUCGACUCUGUCAACGGCUUACCCAGUUAUCAUGGCCGCACGAGUGCACUUUUCGAGGAGACGGGAGGUGAUCGUGCUGCGGCUGGGGCGCCCAGAGCUGUGAUGCCUGAUGACUGGAUCGAGAAGGGGCUUGUGGCAGACGCCACAAAGCAGCGACAACUCGAGGAGGUCAACUACAGGCUGGGACGUCUCGACUUUGAUGGGUUGGACCCUGAGCUUGGAAUGCACUUGCUGUCUUUGCAUUGGAACCGUCAACACCACUCCUUCUUGGUCACCUAUCGUCCUGCCUUCAUGCGCGACAUGGCAUGUGCUGGGCCAUACUUUUCGAAACUGCUACUCAACGCCAUCUACUUUGGAGCGUCAAAGUUCAGUCCCCGAACUGAGGUCCGUCGGGAUCCCAAAGAUGUUCGCACUGCAGGCUGGAAGUUUCGCGAACGUGUCCGCGAGCUCCUCGGCCAGUGUCUCGACCGCAGUGAGAUCACCACAAUCCAGGCACUGCUCAUCAUGACCAAUUCAUUGUUCGCGCUCGGCGAUGAGCGGAGUGCGGCGUGGCUGUAUGCGGGAAUCGCUUUUCGGAUGAUUAUCGAUCUAGGCAUGCACGUGGACGCUUCAGAACUGACAAGCAGCCGACGAGGCAGCGAUGAAGAUCUUGAGAUUCGUCGGCGAGUAUUUUGGGGGGCCUUUGUUGUCGACAAGAUCCAGAGCCUGUAUCAAGGACGACCUGUCACUUUGAAGGAAUCAGACACCUUGGUUCCCAUCAAAUUUCUGGACUCAUACGAGGAACUCGAGUACUGGAAGCCUUUUGCUUACACGGCUCAGUCAGACGCGUACCCAGGCUCUCCUGCGUACAGCGUGUCGACAUUCACUGCGUUGUGUCGGCUGUCAAUCAUCAUGAGCGAUAUUUUGAGCUCGAUAUACGCAGAGCGCAGCUUCGAUCAGCCGGCGCAGGAUCUGCGAAACUUGCAGGAGAAGAUGCAUGAUAAGCUGAGCAAGUGGCGAGAGUCCCUACCAGACCAUCUGAGCCUUACCAACAGCAUCGAUACCGAAAAGGCGCCUCCACCUCAUGUGUUCAGUCUUCAUGCCAUGUACCACGUCCUACUCAUCCUCCUUCAUCGACCUUUCGUAGCCGACGGACAUCUUUUCAGCACGAUGCGUACUGCCUCGGUGAACGCGUUCAUGUCGUGUGCGACAGCGGCUUCCGAGAUUGUCCGCCUCGUGCGCAUCUACCACCAAGCGUUCUCUGUCAGGCGCGCCCCUUACCUCAUUUCCUACGCAACCUACGUGGCUGCCACGGUGCAUGUGCGCAUUGCGGCCACCCGCGACGCCAACUCUGGUUCAUAUGCCAGCCUGGAGACAUGCCUGGCGGUCUUUAUGGAAAAUUCCGAGACCAAUUCCGCGGUCCAGCGCGCGAGUGCGAUUGUCAAAAACUUGAUGACCCGGUUCGGCGUGACGCUCCCGGAA